GGCGUGGCCAGACGGUAAACAGUCUUGCCUAGAGGGUUACUACGUUGUCUGGAAACAGUCUGACGUCACGGCUGAUGGGCGGGGUCUGGCUGUGGCUGUAUAAGGCAUGUCGCAGCCAGUGGUGGCGGUAUUCGCGGAGCGAGGCUGCUGCAGGACGGACGGCGAGCGCUUCAUUCAGACCCAUGGGCAGCGGAUUUGUAAAUGCUUUUUAAGGUGAGUGCCAGCCAUGGGCCGCGGUCACGGCAGGCCAUCUCGCCCUCCCCGGUACCCGUUCUAAUUCUCUCUUUUACCCCCACAGGAAUCCAGAGGCGCCAGCAGCGGCGGCCACCUAACCCGCUCGGGGUGCUGCAAAUUCUCCGAGUUUACCGCAGAGCCUCCCUGGCUGCUCUGACCGCAGGUAAGCUCUGUGCCAGCCUGGCUCCGCUCCACACACUGCGGGCACCGCACAGGUCACAUCACCGUGCGGCACCUGGGCGGGAGGGGGGGCACCCUGACUGCCAGGGGAAACAUGGGGGGGUGAGAGUGAUGGGAAGCAGGAGGCAGUACCAUGGACAGCACACUUAUUUGCCUGGCAUGUCCUCUAGCACCGUGGAUCCCUGGGAUAAGUUGUUAGCCUGGCACUUGCUCCCUACUCCUGGAGAGGAGGCUGGAUAUGGGUCUGUGCUGCCCAGUUUCUAAUGCUAAUGUUAGUAAAGAUUUAUAGGGAAACUAAAUGCUCAGAACGCCAUGUUUGACUAUGGAGAUAUUUCAUUUUUGCCAUCAUAAAUCUGGUUCUUAUUUUGGGGAAACUGAGUAUAACAAUUGAAUGGUAAUUUACCUGUGUUAUAUAGUGACUUUGUUUUCCCCCUCCUUCCUUACAGCUUGUUGCAUACUUAAAAACUUUAAUCUGAGGUACCCUUAGCAGGAGCCCAUAAAAUCAUUGCAAUAACAAUGUAUAUCCAGGAGUCUGAGUUUACCAUGGUGGAGGAAGGCUUUGUUGCCAGGGACCUGAUGGAGGAAAUUAUUAACGAUGUCUCUCAGACUGUAAGUACACUUUGCACUUUCUUGCCUGUGAUAGGGUUCAGAACCUAAUUUAUUUGUCUUGUAUGCUUACUGUGCUGUGUUUUCCCUUAGGAUGAUAGAGAUGCGUUUUUUGUUGCUGACCUGGGAGAUGUGGUGAAGAAACACUUGCGCUUUCUGAAAGCAUUGCCACGUGUGAAGCCGUUCUAUGCCGUGAAGUGUAACAGCAGCAGAGGUGUGGUGCAGAUACUUGCUGAGAUGGGAGCUGGUUUUGAUUGUGCCAGCAAGGUAACGAUGCAUUGUUUACAAUGACAGUUUGCAAAGUUUAAAUCCUUAGCAUGUUUAAAAAAUGUAGUGUACAUGUGGAUUUUUGUUGCCUAAAUAAAAGUAGCCUUGCCUCUUGAUUGCAGACAGAGAUUGAACUAGUCCAGGGAAUUGGAGUGAAGUCGGAACAUAUCAUUUAUGCAAACCCUUGCAAGCAAAUCUCCCAGAUAAAGUAUGCAGCCAAGAGUGGGGUCAAUAAGAUGACCUUUGAUAAUGAAGUGGAGCUGUCCAAAAUUUCAAGGAACCACCCGAAUGCUAAGUAUGCAUUUAUUUGGUCAUACCUUUGAAAAUGCAUGUGGCUUUAAUGUUACUAAAUUUCCAGUAAUUAGGUAAACUAACAGUAAUUUAUUUACCUACAGAAUGGUUCUGCGCAUAGCCACAGAUGACUCAAAGUCUUCUGGCCGUCUGAGUGUUAAGUUUGGGGCACCUUUAAAAGCUUGCAGACACCUCCUAGAAAUGGCUAAAAAUCUCAAUGUAGAGGUCAUUGGUGUAAGGUGAGUGUUAUAUGCAUUGUAUAAUACAAUUACUUCCAUGAAAUUAAUGGCAUCCUCAAAUCAAUUUAAGAUAUAUAAACAAGCUGUAUUUUCAUACCAGAAUUGUGUAUUUAUAUGGUGAUUUUACUUCCUCAAAGAAACUACUACUGUGCAGAAGCAAUAUGUAAAGAUUAUCACAAAAUAUUAAGCUUGAAUAUAGUUGGUACCAGAAUAUAAGACUCAAAUACAAUCUUAGGCUGUUAAACAAACUUCUAUGCUCAGUUAUUCUUUGCAAAUGAUUGUGUGUUUUCUAACUAACCUUUUCUAACGAACAAUAAUAGCUCAGUAGUCUUCUAACCAUAUAAAACAUGUUUCCUUACAAUUUGCAUGAUGGAAGUUUUAUGCACUAAACUGGAAGCUCUGAUUAGGGAAUUGAAAGUUUUUAAACCAAAACAAAAAACUCUGCUAAUGCUCAAUCAUUGGCAUGAUGGUUUAAAGCUUACACUUCUUAACAAUUGUUUUGGUGUGUAGACCUUAGCCUCCAUACUGUUCUGAAAUUAUAGUAAACAGUUUGUCUAAUCAUGCUGAAGAGCCUGGUCUUUUCCACAUAAGGCACUGCAGUCUUCAGUCAUACAAAGGGCAGCUAUCAUAAACUAGUGUUGAGUUUCAGGUGAAAGACAAAGGGCUUUAUUUAGUGAGCCUAGAAUGGACCAAGGUAGUACACAUUUUAAGUCAAAAUAGCUAAAUUGGAUAACAUCAUCAAGUUGGCUAUUUUGACUCCAAAUGUGCAAUUCCUUAAAUUCACGUUUAGUGAAUAAACCUUUAUCUUUAAACACAACAUGUAAUUUUCUAUUGGUUAAUAUAUGUUUGUCUUACAUUUAAAAUUCCUAAUAUGUGUCUGGUUGUGGUCUUAUCUUAAUCUUCCAUUUUUUAUUUAUUUAUUUUUUUUACAGUUUUCAUGUGGGUACUGGAUGCAGUGAUCCUCAGGCAUAUGCACAGUCCAUUGCAGAUGCCCGCUUGGUCUUUGAAAUGGCAUCUGAAUUUGGGCACAAAAUGAGCAUACUUGAUAUUGGAGGGGGUUUUCCUGGUACAGAGGACUCUAAAAUCAGAUUUCAAGAGGUAAGUUACUUCUAGUCUGAGAUAAGACACUGUAGCAUGUUUUGAUGGCAUAUUGUAGACUACUAAUAACUUCUCACUUUACUUAGAUUGCAGAUUUAAUAAAUCCAGCAUUGGACCUGUAUUUCCCAGAAAGCUCUGCCGUGGACAUAAUUGCUGAGCCAGGGAGGUACUAUGUGGCAUCUGCAUUCUCCCUGGCUGUUAACAUCAUUGCCAAGAAAGAAGUGCAGAUGGAAACAUCUGGAUCAGAUGGUAUGUUUGUUCUUGUAUAAUGAGAGCAUCUAAAUGAUCUUUUCCAAGUUGUAUAUAGUGUACAACUUCAAUUCUUUUUAUGAUUUUUUUUUAUUUUCCUUUUUAGAUGAAGAAAUUGACCUCAACAAAACCAUAAUGUAUUAUGUUAAUGAUGGAGUCUAUGGAUCCUUUAAUUGCAUCUUCUUUGACCAUGCACAUCCGAAACCCAUACUUCAUAAGGUAUAGUUUUCAUUCAGCUUCUUUUGUGCUUAAUGGAUAGGCAACUGUGACCUAUUGGCAGACUGACUAUACUGUGAUCCAUCUUGUGUACAGCAGACUGCCUGUGAAGUUUGCCUGUAACUUACAUUAUAAACUUGUCUGCAAAGAUGGCUACAGUCCUGUAAAGUAAAUACUGGUAUGCUACAUAAUAUUUCAUGCCAAAAUAUGGUACAAAUGACUAGAUAAUUGUUCAGUUAAAAUUAGAACUAGUACUCUUUCAUAUUCUUGUUCUGCAUUGUGUUUGUUUCAUAGCAACAUACUGUUGCUGAUCCCCAUACUUUUUGUGUUCUUUUCACAGAAGCCUUCCCCAGAUCAGCCCAUCUACAGCAGUAGCCUUUGGGGACCAACCUGUGAUGGUUUGGAUAAGAUCGCUGAACAUCUCAACCUGCCUGAACUGUAUGUUGGUGAUUGGCUUUUAUUUAAUAACAUGGGAGCCUAUACAGUGGCGGCAUCUUCCACUUUCAAUGGCUUUCAGCAAACCCGGAUCCACUAUGCCAUGCCAAGGGGGGCCUGGUAAGACUACUUUACUUUAUGAUUACAUAAAAAAGAAAAAUAGCAAUUUGUUACAUUGUCGUGUAGAAAAUAGUAUGGUGCUAGAAGCCAAGAAUACGAAUAGAAUUUAAUGCAUUAAAAUCCUGAACCACCCAUUUAAUGCUAUGUUGAAUCUGCAAUGAAUGGAGUUAAAAAGUUGAAAAAGUCCCUGGUGAGACUUUGUCUCCACAACAUAAUGCAUGAAGUUUCCAGUAGUUUAGGGUUGGACUCAGCACAGUGGCAUUUCCCCCACUCCUUAUUUGCCUAAUUUUUCUUCCCUCUACCCUUUUCUACUUCUGGGUCUCAAUCAUAAUUCCAAGUAUUUGAUGUAAUGUUAACACAUGAGACAGAUGCUCAGAAACACUUGGCAAUACUUUGUAUGGGGCCGUCUCUGAAAUAAAGAAUUAAAAAAAACAAAAAAAAAAACGGACGUCAUGCCGUACAGUCAAAGCACAUGUUAAAGGGACACUUCCUUAAGCACCCCAACUUUUUCAAUUGUCUUAGUGUAGUUUUCAAUAGAACUUGGCACAUUUAUAAGUUACCCGUUUUGUAUUUUGGGCUGUGGAAUGUCUCUUAUGAAGUAUAGCUGAUUUUGUUUUUUGUUUUGUCUCUCACAGGGCAGCUGUACAGCUAUUGAAGAGAGGAUUCCAGCAGCCUGAAGGGAAAGAGACUGUCUGUACACCUAUGUCCUGUGGAUGGGAAAUCUCAGACUCCCUGUGCUUUCCCCAUACCUUAACUUCUACUGGCAUAAUUUGAAUUCCUUUGCUAAUGGGACUUUCCUUUUUUGUACUCUUAACAAUUCCCAUGUUGCCAAUUAAUUCUUUAAAAAAAAUUUUUUUUUUUUUAGUUUCCUUUGGUUUUUAAGUAUGCAACAUAAAACAUGUUACUUUCCUGUGCAUAUAUCUGUGUUUGAUGUGAUUUAGAGAGGAUGGGCAAAACUUUUACUGCUCAUCUGCAGCAGGUAAUCUAUAUAUAAUAAAUAUUUAUUUUUUAUUUGACUAUUUUAUCGGGAAUCUGUCUUGUGGGGCCUGUAAUCACAAUCAACCUGGUUUUAAUAAACUGACAUACACAUAACCAGUCUUUGCACUGUAAGCUUGACAUCUAACAUAUUCUCGUGUGUGUGUGUGUAUGUGUACAAUGCGACUAGAGCUCACAUUAGUACACUUGCAAAAAAGUUUUAACAUAACGGUAAAGUAUAUCUCCUGAGUAAGUCUACAUAUAUUCAUGCUCAUUCUUAAUAUUUAUUUUAGAAAGAUGUGGAGAAUGGGUGUUUUAUCUGACUAUAUAGUACGACCAAUAAACAUAAGUGUGCUCAAUGACAGAUGGAUAAGUGAUGAGUUUAGUCUGAUAUUUAUGUAGAUUAACAGUUUUGUUUUGUUUUAUUAAAAGAAACCCUCCUCCAUUUGUCUUUUAUAAUCUAAUUGAAUUGUGAG